AUGGCCUGGCCUCUUUUGCCUCAGCAGGCACUCGGAAAAUGUGUUCAAGCCUCAGAUGUCGACAAACAAACGGAUUGGGGGUUGCCGUGUGACUUUGCUCUUGAGCAGUGCACCGAUACUCCAGGAAAUUCUCAAGAAGCUCAUGGCCGUGGAUUCAUGUCAUUUCUCGAAGCCUCAUCCACACCAUUUUCGUUUGGCGACUACCCUGUCUCUACCCAAAUUCCAAAUCCUCAGCAAGAGACGGUGGACCCUACAUUGCUGUCUCAACAUAAUUGGCCAAGUUCGGGGACAGAUUCGACCUCGUCGAGCUUCGGUAGCCGUCUGUCAGGGUUUCAGAACCACCCUUCGACUUCUAGCCUGGGAUCGUGUUCAACAAACUCUGGAUUGUGUUCGCAACGUCUGGAAUUUGACUCUUUCAACACCUCGAAUCCAAACAAGAGGCGAUACUGUGAGCGUUCAACGGAAGAGGCUGGCCCCCCGACCUCUCAAGUUCAACUUGUUCACUCCGACACCUCGCUUGACAUGGAGGCAGAUCCGACUGCAAUCUCCAUUUUCGAAAGUUGGCUUUCCACCUGCCCAUCAAUAUACCCCGAAGACUCGGAUUUCCGCAAUCUUGCAGCUUUAACGAAGCUCGAGGUCGGGAUUGUCAAGUCAUGGUUCGCGAGGAAGCUGAGAGCCCGACGCAUAGACGACUCUAUGUUCGAAACUUGGCUCAGUAGCUAUCCAUCUACUUAUCCUGGAGAUGAAGAAUUCAAAAGCUUAGCUGAUUUAACCAGACUCAAUCUAGAUACUGUGAGAUUGUGGUUUGCGCAAAAGCUUCGAUGCAAAAUGUCAACCAGCCAGCUAAACAACGAAUCUUCUGCAACCGGAUACUCUGGGGUUGGGACAAAUUCAUCCCGUCAUUUUGGCUUGCCUGCCAUGAAUGCCCAACAUCAGCCUUCAAUCUUGCAAAGAGCCGCUUCGUGGGUCAAACAAGAAAGAGAAUCAAAAUGCAUCGCAUCUCUCGACCAGAGUAUUCUAUUGAGAGACGACAACAAACGGUUCCAAUGUACUCGAAAGUGUGGAAAGAAAUUCAGAGAUAGGGAUGAUUGGAGAAAGCACGAAGAGGUUAAUUGGCCACAAGAAGGAUGGGUUUGCGACCUUCCAGCUGCCGUACUUGUUGCCGGAAUUCAAAUCUGCACACACUGCGAAGUACCCAAUCCCGAUAUGGACCACUUCCAGACACACAAGAAGUCAACUUGCAACAACAAGGCGUUUACUACGCGCGGCAGGUUACACUAUCGGAAACAGCACUUCUUGCAACAUUUCGACAAUGUUCAUCCUCACGUUCCAUGCGAUGACUAUGUGAGGAAUUCGCAUUUCUCGGUGGAGAGCAACUUCCCUCGAUGGUGUGGCUUCUGCAGGCACAAAUUUGUCCACUGGAAAGAUCGUGUUGAACAUAUCGGCGUUCAUUUUCAUGACGAAGGAAAAGACAUGACAGAAUGGAGUGAUCGCCCCGAAGCAGGCCAUGAGAGCGGUAGUCAGGAGCACGAUAAAGGCGGUGACGAUGAUGAGGACCCCGACGACGCUUCAGAUUCGUCUGACGAUGAUUCGGACGAUCUGCCACCUCGGUCCGCUCCAAAGAGACCGACCCAAUCAAAGACUUCUUGUUCAAGGGGUCAGCCAGGCGCCACGGCAACGGAUUCCAGAAACGGUAUGCAACGACCGGGUCUUGCAAUGUUCGGCAAGUCGUUUGAACCCCGAUUUUCACGUACACCAAGAGGUGAGAAAAGUGUGGAACAACCUUUCCUGCACAGAUCCCAUCCACCUUCCGACACUGUGGCUGGACAUCUUGGCUAUGACAUGGCAAAAUUUCUUGAUACACUCGAGACACCCCCAUACGCACGCAUGAAGGUCCUGGGCUGUGGUCCAUAUUCAGUGGUCGACGAAGUCCGCAAUCUAGCAACCGGCGCUGUCUUCGCACGGAAAACGAUCACUUUUCCAAAAUCACGAGAACCAUCGUUAUUUAUGACAGAGGUCAAAAUCAUGAAGAAGCUCGACCAUCCACACAUUGUCCGAUUCGUCGACACUUAUACACUUGACAAAUCGGUUUCGAUUCUGAUGAGUCCAGUUGCGGAUUUCGACCUCGGUGACUUGAUAAACAAGUACCCAACCGCUGAACUGAUACCCAUGGACACGAUCAUUCAGUGGUUUGGUUGUCUGGUCUCUAGUGUAAAAUAUCUACACGGGAAGUCCAUCAAGCACCAAGACAUCAAGCCGUCCAACAUCCUCAUCAAAGGACAAAUGAUAUUCUUGGCGGACUUUGGUAUCGCAAAGAUCUUCAUGGACUCCGACUCCACCGCAUCUACCUCAGGAGAUAUGACAAUGAAGUACUGCUCUCCCGAGACAGCUCUACGUGGCUUGAGAGGUCGCAAAGCCGAUAUAUUCUCAUUGGGUUGUGUGUUCCUAGAGAUGUUCAACCUGUUGAUCCCUCAAGGCCGCGCUAAAUUCGAACACUUUCAGGAGCGUCAUUCCAUCGGUGGUGGAACAUAUCAUGAGAAUCUGCGGAUGGUGGAACUGUGGAUUGGAGUUCUUCGACAAGAGCCAGCUUUCGAGGGAGACUCGAUUCUUUGGCAGUUGCUUGACACCUGCCAAGCUAUGCUAGGGAAAAGUAGGGAGGACCGCCCCUCUGCGGCCGACUUAUAUGCAACUCUGCCAGCUGGAAAAUGUUGUCUCUUGGCAGAGAAGGAAUUCAACUCAAAAUCAGCCUUGGAGGAGAAGCAGUCUGCUUCUUCAAACACGCCGCUAGCACCUUUUCAUAGUUCCCCCCAACCAGCACAUUUAGCCGACCAAAUGCCAACAACAAAUGAGCAAUCGUCGCAGCAAAUGCAAGUAUCAGGAAACGGCCGCGAACUACUUCCUCCUCAGAUGCCCCAUAACUCUAUGAGGUCAGAGUCUCUUUGUUCGGAAUGCAAUAAUUGUGGGCCAUCCUGGGGCUUGAUACUUGGGAAAACAGCAGGGAGCUAUGUUCCAAGGGUUUGGAUCAUCCUGACACUUAUUGGCGGUCUCUUGUUGGUGCUCGUCAACUCACACUUCCCGCUACGGGAGACAGGAAGCCAUGGGUCGCAGGUGCAUAUCUUGACAAAAGUUGUAGUGAUUUCAAGAGUCAAUCCCGAAUCCAGCCCUAGGGAAUUGAGUGUGGUUGACGCUAUUCCAACAGCGUUACUAGAGCCACGAACCCCCAUCAAAAGACUUUCCGAGGCACCUGCUUUUGGUAGAGAUAUUCUUCCCAGAUCGCCGCCGUCUGUUGACCCUUCUUUUGAAAUAAUUUUAUCCGGUCCCACAUUCCAGUAUCUGAGAGAGUUACGAAAACUUUGGGGAGAAACAGACAUGGUUAGGCAAAUCUGCCGUGAUCACAAGGCAAGUCAAAUGGAAGUUUGUCUUCGGAAGCAGGUUCUAAUUACAAGGUUUAGUGCUUCGACGAAGCUGAUGCAGAUCCAAUUCUGCCAUGGUGCGCAAGCACGAAUUACUGGGCCACAAGCCAUGCUUCCAAGCCUUCUAGAGGCUGAAACUCUUGGCGUAGAUGACGAUCACUUGGAUAUUUUUUUUACCCACUGCAUUUCGACAAUCGUCGAUCUGCUAGACGAGAAGGGAUUCUCAUGGCGAGAAUAUCAAGAAGAUAUGCCAUACGCUUGCCCUAGCGGAUUCAAAUUCUCCAACAAACCACAAGACAGCCCACUUCUCAUUAAUCGCGCGAUUGGUUCCGGACCCAAUUCCACCAUACUAGCCCUAACUAACAACUUUACCUCCAACCCCAAUUUCGCUGCUGAGACUGUUCCGCAAUCAUCGCCACGCACACUGAACAUGACAAACGAUGGCCAUUAUACCGCCUUUUCAACGGGUGUAGCUCUCGGGAAGGUCAAUGUAGUAGUGUCCAUAGCUGCAUACUUGUCCGCUGAAAUCUUUGGUGCAUAUUGCAACAUUUCUGCAACUUCUCUACCAGAUGUCGGUUAUCAGGACUCUUGA